AGCGCAUAGAAUUACGUAUACUACCAUCUUUGUUGAAACUCCGCUCGAGCGACGCUUACGGUUCGAUCUACUUUUUCUCGUUUGGUUGGACUUCGAAUGAACUAUCGCGAGGCUUAGUGAGGCGGUAGGGCUUUUUCUUGAAAAGUCAUGCGCACUGUGCACGUUUCGUGCUAUCCGGGAUCCCAUUGAGCACACACGUUGUCCCCAAGUCAGUUGCACAGCAGACCGAAGAUGGCGGAUGUACAAAUGAACUCUGCGAAAAAGCAGAAGAAGAAGGAAAAGACAGUUGCUGUUGAAGACGUUGGGGAUAUUCAGGAGAGUGGAGAUUUCCUCAUCAAACCAGAGUCCAAAGUUGCUAGUCUGGACACGUCUCAAUGGCCUUUGCUGCUGAAAAAUUUUGACAAACUCAACAUCAGGACAGCUCACUACACACCCUUGCCAAAUGGCUCCAACCCUCUGAAGAGGAACAUUCAGGACUAUGUCAGGACCGGCUUCAUCAACUUGGACAAGCCUGCCAAUCCCUCCUCUCAUGAGGUGGUGGCCUGGAUCCGACGAAUCCUGCGAGUGGAGAAGACUGGCCACAGUGGCACCCUGGACCCCAAAGUGACAGGCUGCCUCAUUGUGUGUGUGGACAGAGCCACACGACUUGUCAAGUCCCAGCAGAGUGCAGGCAAAGAGUAUGUGGGAAUUGUUCGGCUGCACAAUGCUAUUGAGAAUGAGCACACACUUGCUAGGGGUAUUGAAACCCUUACAGGAGCUUUGUUCCAGCGACCACCACUCAUCGCAGCUGUUAAGCGGCAGUUGAGAGUUAGGACCAUUUAUGAAAGCAAACUCAUUGAGUACGACCCAGAGAGGAGAUUGGGUAUUUUCUGGGUGAGCUGUGAGGCUGGGACCUACAUCAGGACCCUGUGUGUCCACCUGGGGCUCCUCCUGGGUGUUGGUGGUCAGAUGCAGGAGCUGAGGAGAGUUCGCUCUGGUGUUCUGGGAGAGAGGGACAAUUUGGUGACCAUGCACGAUGUGCUAGAUGCUCAGUGGCAGUAUGACCACAACAAGGACGAGACGUACCUUCGCAGAGUCAUCUACCCACUGGAAAAGCUUCUAAUAUCUCACAAACGUCUGGUCAUGAAAGACAGUGCAGUGAAUGCGAUCUGCUAUGGAGCAAAGAUCAUGCUGCCUGGUGUCCUGCGAUAUGAGGACGGCAUUGAGAUCAACCAGGAUAUUGUGGUUAUAACGACCAAAGGAGAGGCCAUUUGUAUAGCUACUGCCCUCAUGACGACUGCAGUGAUCUCCACAUGUGACCAUGGGGUGGUGGCCAAGAUCAAGAGAGUCAUCAUGGAACGAGACACCUACCCCCGCAAGUGGGGCUUAGGCCCAAAGGCCAGCCAGAAGAAGAUGAUGAUCCAGAAGGGUCUGCUGGACAAACAUGGCAAAGCCAACGGCAGCACUCCAUCAAACUGGAAGGAGGGCUACGUAGAUUACAGUGCGUCCAAAUCCAAGGCUGAUGGAAAUGGUGAAGCAAAGAGGAAGCGUGAAGACAGUGACAGUGAUGCAGCAGCUCCCUCGGCUCCUUCCACUCCGUCGGCAGAAGAGAAGAAAGAGAAGAAGAAGAGAAAGAAGGAAAAGAAGCAGGAACUAGAAGCGGAUACGGAGCCAGCAGCAGAGACAGAUGGAGAGGUUGGGGAGAGUGCCAAGAAGAAGAAGAAGAAGAAGAAAAAAGAAGGAAGCAGAGUGAAAAGCUUAUGAAGCACAUGGACAAUGAAAGGACCAUAGAAUGAGUGCCUGGUGAUAUUUACUUAACAGAUGCAAUGGGCGCUGAAGAGGCAGCAGGCAGAGCAAGAACCCAGAGUUUUAAACUUUUUUGUUAAUCAAGUCUGUCCGGAAUGGCCGCACAUGGCCCACAUGGAUAAUCAUAAGGGGCUUGGACUAGGUAAGGCUUGUGAUCACGUGGUUAAUGGUUGCCAUCUCAACCACCACAGUAUGACCAUGUUUUUGUACUCAUGACGGUGACAUUUAGUUUUUACAUGUUUUAAGUACUCCCUGUGUUGACAGCCGUAUUCUCUGUGUACCUCUACAUGAAAUGCGAUCAGAUUUUUUAUUUUAUAUUGUACUGUAAAUACAGAAACCAACUGAUCAUAAAUUGUAAUUUGAAAUUAAUAUGCUUUUUUGUAA